AUGGGCUUCUUCAGGCGCAAGGAGGGCCGGGCAGCAAGCAACAACAACAACAACAACAACAACAACAUCCACCACCACUUCGAGAAGGACGGCCAGGAGUCGGUGUUCUCUAAUAGCAGUUCCAGAGCGUCGAGUACGUCUGCGAGACUGCCGGUGUCUUCCAUCAGGUCGAGCAACAACAGCCCAACAUCCCAUCCAAUACCCGAAGCUACCAUGGCGCCGCCGCCAGAUCCCAACCUGGACCCAGCAGCCUACCUGAGGAGUAUCCAUGCCGUCCGCCAGCGGUGCGGCCUGGUGAUGGAGAAGGCAAAGGAGAACCAGCUGAACCACUUUGACGUCGACAUGAGCAAGUUCCAGACGACGGCACAGUACAUCGUCUCUAUCAUCAAGAGAGACUACGCUCCGGAUUUCCAGAGCAUUCCUGACCACGGACGCUGGCAGCACUUUGACGUUGGCGGGAAGCCUCGCAUUAACCAGCUGCUCCAGUCAUGGCCUAGCACCAUCGACAAUCUGGAGAGAGCUCGCAGGCUGAUAGAUCUCUUCCUUGUGUCGGUUCUACUCGAUGCCGGUGCCGGAAACACCUGGAGCUACAAGUCAAAGGAGUCUGGAAAGGUGUACAGGCGGAGUGAGGGGCUCGCCGUCGCCAGUCUGGAGAUGUUCAAGGCUGGAAUGUUCAGCAGUGACCAUACCGAGCCAUGUCAGGUCGACGGAGCUGGUCUGAGGCGUCUGACCGUGGGAGCGUUGGCCAAGAGAAUGCAGCAUUCCGAAGAGAAUCCUCUUGCUGGUCUCGAGGGCAGAGCCGGCUUAUUGGCGCGGCUGGCAGACGCUCUGAACAACCAAGAGCUCUUUGGUGUUGAUGCUCGCCCCGGAAACAUGCUUGGUAGGUGUUUCAUGCUGUUUUCUCCCUUCCCCCCCCCCACUAUUCGGUAUUGCAGUACUAAAUGUUUACUAGACUACCUUCUUUCUCACCCAUCUACUCUCGCUUCUUCAGUUCCCAUCAUCCCCGUACCACUUCUAUGGAAUGUUCUUAUGGACGGAUUGUCUCCCAUAUGGCCACCAUCCCGCACACAGAUCGACGGAAUAUCGAUUGGUGACGCAUGGCCUUGCAAAGCCAUGCCUUCAUCCCCCCCCCCGCAGAACCGUGGGAAAACAUUGUCCCUUUCCACAAGCUGA